UUACCUUUUUAAGAAAGUCUUCUUUGAAGUUUCUGGGUUUCAGUUUUUUUUUUCAUUUCUAUAAGAAGAAAUCUUGCAUCUCUAUUAUUAAUUCUCUCUUUUGCGUUUUAAUCCGUCUCCAUAAGAACAGAACAGAGCACGAAAAAAAAAGAAGUUUUGUUGUUCUCAAGUGGGAAAAAAAAACAGAGAGUUUAAGACAGAGAAGCUUCCUCAUGGAUGUUUUUGCUUUCAAUGCUUCUUUAUCCAUGUGUAAAGAUGUUGCCGGAAUCGCAGGCAACAUAUUUGCAUUUGGGCUCUUCGUUUCACCAAUGCCAACGUUUAGGAGGAUCAUGAGGAACAAAUCUACGGAGCAAUUCUCCGGUUUACCAUACAUUUACGCUCUCUUAAAUUGCUUGAUCUGCCUUUGGUAUGGUACACCUUUCGUAUCACACAGCAAUACCAUGCUUAUGACUGUGAAUUCUGUUGGAGCCACUUUUCAGCUUUGCUACAUUAUCCUAUUCAUCUUGCAUACAGACAAGAAGAACAAGAUGAAGAUGCUUGGUUUGCUUUUUGUGGUGUUUGCUGUGGUUGGAGUGAUUGUAGCUGGAAGUCUACAGAUACCUGACCAGCUCACACGAUGGUACUUUGUCGGGUUCUUGAGCUGCGGUUCUCUUGUUUCAAUGUUUGCCUCGCCUUUGUUUGUUAUCAACCUAGUGAUUCGGACUAAGAGCGUUGAGUUUAUGCCGUUUUACCUCUCACUAUCAACUUUCUUGAUGAGCGCUUCCUUCCUUCUAUACGGGUUAUUCAAUAGCGACGCCUUUGUUUAUACACCAAAUGGAAUAGGAACAAUUCUUGGUAUUGUGCAGCUGGCUUUGUACUGUUACUUUCACAGGAAUUCUAUAGCAGAAGAAACAAAAGAGCCUUUGCUUGUUUCUUAUGUGUGAGGUUCGGGAAAAGAAGCAAAUCUACAGUGGGGGGGAAAAACCAGAAAAUGUGGUUACAUCAAGAUUCUUUGUUGUUGUUAUUGUUGUCUACUCUGUGUAGCUCCUUGUGACUAUCUACCGGCUUUCGUUCUCUCAUGGCGUGAAGAUGUUUAUUCUCUCGGCUUCUGUCAUGAUCGAAGGAUGGAGGUCUUUUUCAGUUUUGAUGGCUCAAUUGCUUAAGAUU